AUGGUGGAAUACGAUCUACGGUACCCGCAGCUACAGCGCCGCUCCUCCUCACAGGCAUCAACCUCUUCCCGACACAGUCAACGGGCUAAGGCCAUCCGGACGAAGGCUCAGAAACGCCACUCGGCCUCCAGCACGACCCCGACCGACCUGACCUCCUUCCCCUCGCUCUCGCCAGACCAGGCACCGCACGGGUUUCUAGGCCAGCCAGCGCUGAACCGGGCUCUUACGAGUGCGCUGUUGAACGGAGGCGAUACGGGCGAUAUGGCGACGGACGGUGACAACCGGCGAGACCGGCGGGCGACCCUGGCGAAGCUGACGAGCGAGUCAUUGUCAUCGCAAGGUUCCGGCCGUGCGGCGCUCUUUGAGGACUCGGUUCCAAUCCGAGAUUUUCCCGGGGCGUUACAUCUUGCUGAUGAUGCGCAUAUUGAGCGGUUGGUUGCAAGUAAUGGGGCAGUGAAGUUAGUUCGGCAGUUCGCGCGCGAUCUGGCGCAGCGCGAUGCAGAGAUCUCGGCGCUGCGGCAGCGUGCUGAUGCGAGGGAGCGGGAGCUGAAGAGGAUGCUUCGUGAGGCGUCGGUGUCGAAUAAGGACAUUGAGCGGAGGCUUUAUGCGCUCGAGAAUUCGCAGAGGGAGGAGCGAGAACGGAAGAAGGACACGGAGCAGACUGUCAAGGGUUCCGGUGGGGUUGGUGGUCUGAUGCAGCAGGCGAUGAUUGACGGGAUCGGGCAUGAUUCCGAGCAGGAGGGUGAGGGCGAGGAGGAUGUUCUGAGCGGUGCGAUGCACUCUACAGUUCGCCGGACGCGGUUGGAAAGCGAUGCCAAGUCGGGAACGUCGAGCGUGGACUCAGGAACUCAGAAUCGAAAACGGCAGGGCUCGAUGCGGAGUUGGCAGGAUUUUAUAUUUGGAAGUGCAGCGGGAAGCCGCAAAACGAGUCGAGCGAGCAGCAUCAUGUCUGAUCUAGGCGAGGACGAGGAGGAGGGCGGUCGUCAACAUGCAGUGUCUGGUAAUGCCACUGCUCGACGCAGGCCGUUGGACGAUCAGCUGUUCAAUCCGGCGGAUGGCGGUGACGAUGCUAGCACGCAUUCGCGAAAAUCCUCAAAGUCGGUCUCGUCCUGGACGGUCAAGUUGUUUGCUGGAAAUCAGCAGUCGAGUCGGGAUGAGAGUCCGUCGGACAGAAAUCGUGGAAGAGCGUCGUCAAACAAUAGAGAGAGAAACAGAGGUCCCCCGUCCGCAUUGCCUGCCAAUGCCAAAGGUAGUAUGUCUGCCGUGGCGGCCUUGAGGCGCAUCAAUAGCAGUACCAGCAUCCCCGGCUCGCAGGGGAGAUCAAAUGGCUCCGGGACUGCACCGCGGUCCGGCCAGAUCGGUCGAAGGCAGCCGGCGUCGAGUGUCUCGCAGGGUGCAGCUGCAGAAGCCGCGGCGAAGAAUCCAACCAACCUUGGACCCGUUGAGAUGGAUGCUAUUCUUCCCAUGGAGUCGCGACCACCAACACUCUCACCCAUCUACAAUAACUAUCUAGGUGGCGAUCUCUUGACUGACCGGUUUGGGUUCAUCUAUGACCAGCGCCGAAAGAGAAGGCAACGAGAAGCUAGCGCACUGAAGAAUCCGGGGGAUCGGCUUAGCAUUGCAGAGACCUUGAAUACAUUCCGGAGUGAUACCUCUGAUGAUCGUGACGAGCUGGAUCUGCAUGGCCGGCAACCUUCGGCAGCCGAACCCUACCGCUCACCUGGCUCGAAUUCGCCGAUCGACCCUGAAACGUCUAGCACUGCGAGUCAGCGAUGGCAGGACUACCUGACAUCUCCGACUGCACCAACAGAGUUACUGUCACACACGCCAUCGGCUGGACCCAUUGUAUCGCUGACGACCGGUGAGGACACGCCACGUAACACCGGGGUAGCCGUGGACAAGCGUGGCUCACUUUCUGUUAACCAAAGCCCACAGCCUUCCGCAUCAACGUCGACAGUCGUUGCAGACCACCCGGAAUUCGCGGGGUCAUCUAUGGAUGAGGUGGCCGUUCCUGCGUCUGGAGAACACGAGCCUGUGAAACUGCUUCUUGAACAGCUGACGGAGCUUCACGAUCUGCUGCAAAGGGAGCGAAGCGUCCGAUGGAACGAGUUCCUGCGUAAAGUACGGGCAGAGCGCCGGAAAGAAGGCGAAGCAGCGGCUGCCGCCGCCGCAGCGUCAGACCGACCUCUGCAAGCUGUCGAUAUGCCUGAGGUCUCGCUGGCUGAUGGCGAAAUGGUGGGCAUAUCUGGUCUCGGCAAUAAAGGGAAAGUUGGUCGUGCCAAGUGGAGGGAGUUUCGAGUGCUUGUUCUCGGUGGGAUCCCCGUCACGUUGCGGUCCAAGAUCUGGUCUGAGUGCAGCGGCGCCUCUUCAAUGCGUGUGCCCGGGUACUAUGAUGACCUGGUAAAGGGAGUCGGCGGCGACGAUCCAGAUACAUCAGUCAUCGCGCAAAUCGACAUGGAUAUCAACCGAACCCUAACAGACAAUGUCUUCUUCCGCAAAGGGCCGGGUGUCACCAAGCUCAAGGAAGUCCUCCUCGCUUACUCGCGCCGCAACCCAGAGGUCGGAUAUUGUCAAGGCAUGAACCUCAUCGCCGCCUCGCUUCUGCUCAUCACACCAACCGCGGAGGAUACGUUUUGGCUCCUCACCUCCAUGAUCGAAGUUAUCCUUCCGAAGCACUACUACGACCAUGGCCUUCUCGCGUCUCGAGCCGACCAGGUCGUCUUGCGCCAAUACAUCUCCCAAAUCCUGCCCAAGCUCUCGGACCAUCUCGAAUCUCUCGGCGUCGAACUCGAAGCCCUGACCUUCCAAUGGUUCCUCUCCGUCUUCACCGACUGUCUCUCCGCAGAAGCCCUCUACCGCGUCUGGGACGUAGUCCUCUGCCUCGACGUUGCAAGCGCCGUAACCAAGCCAACCAAUCCGGCCGCAUCGUCACCAGCCGCAACUCGAGAUGCCAACUCCUCUGCGAACAACAACGCAUCCUCCUCAGCAGCAGCGGCGGCGGGAACCACCGACACAACAUCAGGGACCGGCGCCGGAAGCACCUUCCUCUUCCAAGUUGCCCUCGCCCUACUCAAACUAAACGAGCACCAGCUCCUGACCACCUGCUCAACGCCCGCAGAGCUAUACACGUACAUCAACCACCAAAUGACAAACCACGCCAUCAGCAUCGACGGCCUCAUCCAGGCGAGUGAAGCUUUGCGAAACGUCGUCCGUCCCGAGGACGUCGCGGCUAAGCGCGCCGAGGCCCUCAGGGAGAUGCGUGAGUUUUCCGGCGGAGCGGCGCCGAGCACGAAUGGGGAUGCCUAG